GCUGCUUUUUAAAGCUUUAGUAGAGGUUCCAUAUAUUGUAAUACAAAUUUAAAUAGCCAAGUUUGCAUCCGUUCUCGAAGAUGAAAUGCAGAUAACAAACUGUCUAGUUGGGGAUAAUAUGCUGAGUAUAUUCGAUAGACAUUAUGGGAAACCCAAUCAGCUGCCUUUGAGCACAGGCCCUCAGCCCCUUUUGACCAUAUUAUAUGCUCACUUAGUCUUCAUGCUGAAGGUGGGCCGAAAAUCCAAACAUAGUACGUUACGUCAUCUGAUUCAUCAUACUUUUAUGACAGCGAUGGGACAUAUACUGAUACGAUUACUUGGAUAUGGAGGAUACAUUGUUAUAGUUGUCAUUUUUAAUGUCGUGUGAUUU